AUGGCCCUCUCGCCCUCCCCCUUGAUCAAGGCUAAGGCCAGGUCGAGGGGAAAUUUAAAUCAGAAGCACAGAACAUCCCAAGUUUGGUACUCCAAAGAGCAUGUGCGGCCCUUUCAUGUGCCUCCACAGUCAGUGCCUGUUAGAGGCCCCUGUGGAGCUACGCAACAAGGGGGCUGGUCAGGGGCUAAAUACUACGAAAACGUGUAUACGAGGGCUAAGGUCCAGAAUUCAGAUGCAUUACAGCCCCGUACCUAUUUCAUUGCUUGCGGACCACGUGCGGAAGACCUCUGCACUCUGACCAAACCACGCUCUGACAGUGCCUUGGGAUUGUCGUUCCCAGGAUCGCCCCCUGGGCCUCCCGUUUACAGUCCUCUGACAAUAGCUGCUGGUCGUCCACGACCGAAGAGAGGACGUAACCAAACUUCAGAGUCCGAAGCCCAGCAUCGAACUCAGGCUUAUAUACUCACAGGUCUCAAAGAGCACAAGUCUCAAAUAGCUUACACUUGUGAAAGAUUCCUGCUCAAAACGAAUCUUUUGGAGCAUCCGGCGUCAGCCCCACUUCGCUGGUCAUCCGAUGGGCCGCCGCCGCAACCCCAUGAGCCCCCUCCUAUCAUCCGGAUCUCCUGCCGCAGGUGCAGGGGUCGGAAGCUGAAGUGCGACCGUGCCACGCCACGAUGCUCGCGCUGUGUCAAGGCGGAUGAGGAUUGUGAAUACCCGGGCUCAAGACGGACCAAUGUUGGGAAGAGGACGCAGGUGCGUGAGUUGGAGGCCAAGCUGGGCCAGCUCGAGAACAAGAUCAAGAUCAUUAGUGCGGCCAAUGAGCCUGAAACGGACGAUUUUCCCGACAUUGCUACAACCAACUUUGAACCCUUUCUGCCGACUGGGACAGCAUUCGGUAGCCUGCCCAUCCAUACGCAUCCUGCAGUGCAGCCCACUCCGCCAUACGAUGACCGCACAUCCCAGACUGAAAUUUCAAGGCUCGGUCUAUUUGAGCAGCUACCUGCUAUCGAACUGAUAGAGGAACUAACGGCCAUCUUCUUCGCUGAGCUCCACCACGCGGCCCCUAUGCUUCAUCAGGAGCGCUACAUAGCGUCUCUCUACCUGCCAGCCCAUAUGCGCCCUCCAAUGUGUCUCCAGUACAUUGUCAUGGCCUCUGCAGCCACAGUAAACCGUGUACAUCAGCAGCUGGCAAUGCCUUUCUAUCAGCGCGCACGGGCUUAUGCCGAAUCUGAUGAGAUGAAGGGGAAAGGCGAGUACUUUUUGACCUUACGCCAUGCCCAAUUUUGGAUUCUGUGUUCAAACUUUGAGGCCCGACAGAUGUGCUCGAUCGAAAAGCUUUGCAAGCUCGAUCCAUACUCGCCCCCGCGCGAGACUGGACCGAGACGGAGGAGCGGCGACGACCUUCAACCCGACGAUGGAGCAACGCUAAAGAAAUUGCACAUUCACAUUCUGCUUCCAGCUUCUGAGGAGGCAUUCAAGAGCGGUGUCGAGGAGAAGACCCGCACCUUGAAGAGCGUCCUGCAAGAGACAGGCGAGAGAUAUUCCUCCUUUGCCGGCCGGAUCCUCGCCGCCCACCUCUUCCAUGAAACGAUGGAGCACACAGAGCAGCCAGCUGCAGAAGGCAACCCCGAAGAUGUGAAAAACGGCCUGUACUGGAAACAGCAUAGAGACAUAGACAACAGCCUAGCCACAUUGCUCAUGGCGCUCCCCGAAACGCUACGCCUUCCACGUAACAUCCGCUCCGCAAACGCCGUCUUCGUCAACGUCAUGACCCAAGCGGCCAUCAUCUCCCUCCACCGAGCGGCGCAGUGGACCAUGCGGCCGCUGCGGGACAUUCUGCCAGAGCACACAGUCCGCCAGAGCCAGAACAGACUCCUGCCAGCAGCGGAGGAAAUCUUGCACGUCUUCCGCAUGGUGCCCGACAUUGAAGCCACCAUGCAAAACGCCAUGUUGACCUUUGCGGCAUACAUGGCAGCUCUCGUCUUUCUCGAAGAUUUCGCAGCAGAGCACAGUCAGCAGAGCGAGAGCAGCAUGGACUUUCUCGUGGGCAUGCUCGUCACAGUGGGUCGGAACAAUGCCAUGGUUGCCUCGUUGGCGAAUCAGCUGGCGAUCGAUAUGCAUCAUCUGGGGAUCAAAUCUGCUGUCGCGACCAAGGCUUUUGAGUUUUUGGCCCCCAAACUGGCUGAGAAGAUGGCCGACUCCCCGGGGGUCAACUUUUGCUUGCUGCACGGCCCUCCACGAGCUGAUGAUACUACGCUUGCUGGGAUCACGCCGCAAUCGAGCACAACGCAGACGAUUUCAUCCGAGAAGUCUGGGUUCGAGGGACUCGCGGGAACGAGUCAAAUUCACGAUGAGGACGAGAUGAGGUGGACGAACACUAUAGCUGAAUCGCCACCUCUGGGGUUGAGGUAUCCGUACGAGGCUAUGACUUGGUGA